AUGGUGAGGAAACACGGUUGGCAACUUCCCGCUCACACACUCCAAGUGAUUGCGAUUACUGUGUUUUGCUUGUUGGUGGUCGCUUAUUAUGCUUUCUUUGCUCCUUUCGUCGGUGGCCGCAUUUGGGAAUACGUCUUGAUCGGUGUUUACUCUCCGGUGGCUCUUCUUGUGUUCGUUCUGUAUGUUCGCUGUACUGCAAUCAACCCUGCAGAUCCAAGAAUCAUGUCAAUAUUUGAUACAGGCAUUCACAGAGCUGACAUGGCUCGUGCCUUAUCAGCUAGAGAUAUCUCCAGGAAUUUUGAUGAAACUGGCAGUCAGUUGCAGUCUUCUCCUUCAAUUGUCUCCAGGAGUUCUACCUUAGCACCAAACUCUAGUGUGAAAGGUUCUGUAGGAGAUGCUCAAAGAGUGGACUCUGUUCGUAGAAAAACUUGCUAUAAUCCUCUGGCUAUCUUCUGUUGCGUGUUUGUUCUUGAGGACUGCUGGAAACAGGAAGAAAGAGCUGAACAACAGGGAAACAGCGAAGAGGCUCUAUUUUGCACAUUGUGCAAUUCUGAGGUACGCAAGUUCAGCAAGCAUUGUCGAAGCUGUGAUAAAUGCGUUGAUGGUUUCGAUCACCAUUGCAAGUGGCUUAACAAUUGUGUCGGUCGCAAAAACUACAUGACUUUUGUGUCUCUGAUGACGGCCAGCCUUCUUUGGCUCAUUAUUGAAGCAGCAGUCGGAAUCGCAGUUAUAGUUCGUGUUUUUGUUAAUAGGAAGAGCAUGGAAACCGAAAUUGUCAAUAGACUUGGAAAUAGUUUCUCCCGUGCACCUUUUGCGGCAGUUGUUGGUCUUUGCACUGUUGUUACCAUUCUGGCAUGUUUUCCACUGGGUGAACUUCUCUUUUUCCACAUGCUGCUCAUUAAAAAGGGACUUACAACGUAUGAGUAUGUUGUGGCAAUGAGAGCCAUGAGCGAGGUGCCAGCUGAUGAGGAAAUUCAGAAUGUGCUCUAUUCUCCUACCGGGUCUGCCACAACCGGCUUUAGUGGUGGAAGCUCUCUCGGCCUACCAUACAAAAAGGGUGUCUGGUGCACUCCACCUAGAGUGUUUGUUGAUGAUCAGGAUGAAGUCAUUCCCCAUUUAGACCCUCACAUGGUCCCGUCGACCGUAGAUCCAGAUGCAGCAGGGAGAGGCAUCAAGGCUCCGAAAAGACCCGUUGUCAAACGUAAUGCAUGGAAGCUCGCUAAGUUGGAUGCAAAUGAAGCAGCAAGGGCAGCCGCCAGAGCCAGAGCAUCUUCAUCUGUCCUAAGACCGAUAGAUAAUCGCCAUUUACAAGAUAAUGAACUAAGUUCCAUUGGCACAGUUAGUAUCAUCAGCAGUGUAAGCACAGAUGCAAACGUGACUGCAAGUAAAGAGAUGCAGAACAAUGAACUACGGUCAUCUCUUUCUAGAAACUCGUUUGCUCCAACCCAGAGUAGCCGGGAUGAGUAUGACACUGGAAGCCAUGGCAUUAGCAAUUUCAGCAGUCCAAGCCAUGUUCACGAGUCUAUCACACUUGCUCCUCUCCCUCACAAUCAUACAUUAACUGACCAUCGCUUCGCAGCAACAACCCAUCACAUGCACUCGACGUUUGAUGAAAAGGUGCUGCACAGAGGAAACGGCGCUGAUCCGCUGUUUCUCUCCAAUCCUGCAACUUCGCUUCUGCGAGACGUGAGAAAGACAUCGGUUGUUUGGGAUCCCGAAGCUGGGAGAUACGUAUCAGCUCCUGUAACGACAAUGCCUGAAGGCCGCAACAGAUUGCCAAAUCCUAGCUCACAAAUAGCCAACACUCAGAAUCCAAGACCUAUUCUUCCACCUCAAGAUUCAUCUUCUGGAUCAUCAGCGUUAAAGGCUCCUCUUCCUCUGCAGCAAGCCGAGAGAAGACUGACAUAUACUGGUGACUCUAUAUUCUUUGGAGGACCUCUGGUUAAUAUCCCGACUAGAAGUAACCCGAGAAGUGAAAGGAGCUUGGUAAGAGAGGGACAUGACAGAUUGGCAUCGACACUUCAUCGUGAUGCAAGAUUUAGAAGGGAUUUAAACUCAAACCAGCUUCCAGUGUUUACCCCUGGAGGUCUUGGGACAAACUCGCAACCCGGUUCUAGCAUCAAGUAGAUAAACUAAGCGUAUUUCUCGAAAGGAAAUUAGGAUUAUUAGUUUUCUUUCAAUGAUUUGAGCUUCUUUGAUAGGCAGUUUCUUUUCUUGCACUUAAAUUAAUCACUUUUGCAAAGCAACUAAUUAUUGAUAAAGAUCACUCUUUUGAAAUGGGAAAAUGUAUACAAAACAACGAACUCUAUAUAAUCACAUUGGGAGGGCCACGAGCAGCAUGGUCUG